AUGGGCUGCCCGUUGCUGCUGCUCCUGUUUCUCCUUGUUGCUGCCGACGUCCAGGCUCAGGGUGAAGCUGUGACGUGCGCGAUCAACGGGCCGGCCCUGUACUCUGCGGAGACGGGCUGCUACCCGGGGCCAAUCUCCAGUGAUGACAAGUCGCUGCUUUUUCGAACUGAUCACGACGGGUAUCAGGUUAAAUAUGUAUGCCCGCAACUCGGCCAAAUUGUGUGCAAGAAUCCGUGGGGAUGCUACAGCGAGGCGACGCCGCUCGACGACUGCAUGUGUAAAGAUCCGGGCGGGCAGUCCGUUGCCAAAUGUUCGAUAGACACGGAAUUCUGUGCGGAGAGCGACGCGAAGGUUCCGCUUCGACCCGAGAUGACACCUGGUUCGCUUGGUGACGCGACGGGAUGCUGGAAGAAUGUGAAAAGGAGGGCGCCCCACUCGUCCGGCAUUUGUGAGGAUCCCUACAUCCCCACCGCCCCCACCACCCCCAGCGGCAACUGGCCCGGCAACGUCGGCAGCGUGCUGCACAGCCCUGUCAGUCCCGGGUUUUUCGCCCUGUUCGACGCCUACAAGAAGAGCAUAGAACCAAUGGCUAUGCCCUCGCCCACCUACGUCAGGGACGCUAACCAUCAGUAUCCGGAUGACUGGCGGAUCACGAUCGCCACGGCGCCCACCACCACCACCGCGAUGACGACCGAGGCGACGCAGGGGACCAACCCCACUCGGCUCGUCGUCACCGAGCCCAGUUGGAGUGACGAAGGAUGGGUGCAAUCGCGUGUUUUCGUGCUCUGUCUCGUCGCGUUGUUCGUGCUCACCGUCUACUUCAAAAACAAAAAAUACGAGGCACCCCCACCAGUGUCCUGGCUGGAGACGUUGACGCCAGAAGAUGCGCAACGCCCCGACGACCCUCAAAAUCCCGCGAAACCACCCGGCGACACCGUCAAGUCGGCCAGGAGCAGCGCCAUCGUC